AAAUUGAGAAAAAAGUUUGCCGUUUCUAUUGCGCGAGUGAGAAGUGGACUUUUUGCGGCACACGAAACAUCGCGAACGACGAACCGGACUCUCGCGCGACACUGACCACCUGAGAAAGCAUUCCUCCAACCUGUGCGCCCUAUAGUGGGAACGGAAGGAUCUACCCGCUAGCUGCCCGUAUCAGCAUUAUACCAACAUGCAGUCCAACAUUCGAUAUUUGGUGAAUGUUGCCGUCAAGGGCAACGCAAGCCUUCGAAAUCAUGGCGCAGUGCUGGGUGCGCUAUAUGGUCGGUACUACUCGACGACACACGAUGCCGACCUGGUGGUUAUUGGUUCCGGUCCAGGUGGAUAUGUUGCCUCCAUCAAAGCCGCACAGCUCGGUAUGAAGACCGUGUGCAUUGAAAAGAAUGACACACUCGGCGGUACCUGCUUGAACGUUGGCUGCAUCCCCUCGAAAGCACUGCUGAACAAUUCGCACUACUACCACAUGGCGCACUCGGGCGAUCUUGCCUCCCGCGGUAUUCUUGUGGAGAAUGUACGCCUCGACCUGGAAGUAUUGAUGGGCCAGAAGUCGAAAGCGGUCAAAUCGCUUACCGGCGGUAUUGCGCAGCUCUUCAAAAAGAACAAAAUAACACACAUCAAUGGAUUCGGUACGAUUACUGGCCCCAACACGGUGGUUGCAAAGAAGGCGGACGGUGGCGAAGAGACGGUCAACACGAAGAACAUUCUCAUCGCCACCGGCUCGGAGGUAACGCCGUUCCCCGGCAUUGAAGUGGACGAGGAAACGAUCGUAUCAUCGACUGGUGCGCUCAAGCUGAAGGAAGUACCGCGACGGCUCGGAUUGAUCGGUGCCGGUGUUAUUGGGCUGGAGCUGGGUUCGGUUUGGGGCCGUCUCGGUGCGGAGGUGACUGCCAUCGAGUUUCUUAACACGAUUGGAGGUGUGGGAAUCGAUCAGGAGGUGUCGAAGAACUUCCAGAAGAUUCUCACCAAGCAGGGAAUGAAGUUCAUGCUCGGCACGAAGGUGAUGAGUGCUUCGAAGGGCGGCAGCGGCGUUACUGUAACGGUCGAAAACGUUAAGGAUGGUUCGCAGCAAAAUCUGGAGUUCGAUGUGUUACUGGUGUGCGUUGGUCGCCGGCCAUACACGGAGGGACUCGGCCUGGAGAAUGUAGGUAUCGUGAAGGACGAUCGAGGACGCGUACCGGUCAACAGCCAGUUCCAGACGAUUGUACCGAGCGUGUACGCGAUUGGAGACUGCAUCCAUGGCCCGAUGUUGGCACACAAAGCCGAAGAUGAGGGUAUCGUGUGCGUUGAGGGUAUGCUCGGUGGACACGUGCACAUCGACUACAACUGUGUGCCGAGUGUUGUGUACACGCACCCCGAGGUGGCCUGGGUGGGCAAGAACGAGGAGGAACUGAAGGCGGAAGGUGUCGCGUUCAACGUCGGCAAGUUCCCGUUCGCGGCGAACUCGCGUGCCAAGACCAACAACGAUACGGAUGGUUUCGUGAAGGUGCUGGCAGAUAAGCAAACGGAUCGUGUGCUCGGAGUGCAUAUCAUCGGACCGGCGGCUGGUGAACUAAUUAACGAAUCUGUCCUCGCCAUGGAGUACGGUGCGUCGGCUGAGGAUGUCGCUCGCGUCUGCCACGCUCACCCGACCUGUGCAGAAGCCCUUAGGGAAGCACAUACGGCCGCCAGCUUCGGCAAGCCGAUUAACUUUUAAUUUGUAAAAAGAAAAACAAAACCAACAACGUAACUCAACCACUACCACCAUCAUCAUCGAGACCGCGUUGAUGAAGUAAAUCGGCAAAAUGUGUGUGAAACAUUAAACACAUCCCGGGAUGUAUUCUACUGUUUUCCCCACUGUUUUCGAUGUACAACACCUUUGUGGGCGGGGAAAAUGGACAGACGAGAAAGAGGAGAUUUUUUUUUUUGAUAACAAACGACCGUCGACACACGCUGAUGGUGCCGGCUCAAAGGCGGCACUAGGACACUAGGGGAAAAACGAAGCGAUAGCGAAGCAAUUUAUUAACCUCCAUGGGAAAUCCUUACAAUCCCUUGUAAGUGUGAAACGCGAGAUAGAGAUAAAUAAUAAUGAUUGCCAGUCGCCCGUUCCGUGCCAUCCUUUCCGGUGGGAAUCGCAAGGUGCAGAUGGGGAUGAGAAAGGGCAUGUAGCGUUUUUUUUUGAAUCUGGAACCAUUGGAUUAGUUUCUUUUUUGCUGUUGGAAACUGUGCAGUAUAAAACAAAGCGAAUAAAAUGAAACCCAAAAGCAACAUUAUUUAUUAGCUCAUAA